AUGCUAGCACGGAAGAACUCGUCCGGACGAGUGGGUGUGACUUCGUUUCCUGGACGAGAAAGCAUCGCCGCCAUAUCGGACAUGUUAACAACACAACAGAAGAAAGCCGUUAAACCCGGCUAUGUGGCAAGCGAACACCUGGAGUACGCUUUGAAGAUCGCUUGCACGAUCUCGUUGAUCACCGUCUGUCUGCACACACCGAAGACGUUCGAGCAAUUUUGGCCGCUUACGUACAUUGUGCUCUGCCUGGAUCUUGUCUCUGUGUUAAUCCUCACAUCAGAGGUGGCGCUCCGAAUUCAUCACGAGGGAAUGAGCCUGGACUGGUUUGGUGUGAUACGAUCAGUGCGACCGUUCAUAAUCAUUCGGUUAAUACGGCUCGUGAUAAAAUUCAAACUACCAAAGGCCAGAAUCGAACAGUUGCUCAAGAGGUCAAGUCAGCAAGUACAGAAUGUGACUGUGUUCUUUGUGUUCUUCAUGGCCCUAUACGCCAUCGUCGGCAUUCAACUAUUUGGCAGGAUGGAUUACCACUGCGUACUUCCAAACACUGAUCCAAACAAUGUCACCAUAGCGGACUUGGCGAUACCGGACACGAUGUGCUCACCGCCAGGAGGCGGAGGAUAUGAAUGUCCAGGCGAAAUGGCGAGUAUC